AUGCGCGAUGCAGCGCGGUGCCUCCGCGAAGAGCUGGGCCUCCAGGAUCUCAGCGACCUCGAGGUGGGCCCGAGGCUGAAGGUCAGCGUGCCCAACUUCCGGAGGACCGACUUCUCCGGCGAGAUCGACCGGCUCGGUGGCCUGGGCUCCGCGCGGCGGGCGUCGGCGGCGACCAGCGGACAGCUCGGGCAGCUCUCGACCUCCGCGCUGUCGGCGCGGUGUGCCCCGUCCGCCCCGGGCGCCGCGGCCGGCAGGGCCUAUCCCUCCUCCCCGAAGGUGCAGAGCGCGAGAGGUCCCCUGCGCGCCCCUGCGGCCUCCAGCGAGGAGGAGGAGCCCCAGCUGGCGGGGCCCGCGCUCGAGGAGUGGCUGAAGUUCAUCCGCACCCCGCGCGCCACGGACGAGGCCUCGGCCGCGCCCGCGUCGUCCCGGCCAGCCCCUGGCGCCGCUGGCGCCGCGGAGGCAGGCGCCGAGCUGCCAGAUCUGGUCGGUGCGCCGCUGGAGACGUUCGACAGCGCCGAGGACUUCGAGGUGCGCUCGCCUGAGGAGUGGAUCGAGCUUUGCCGGCAGACCGCGGCCAAGCCGCAGGCGUGCGUGCUGCAGUUCGUCUCGCUCGAGUGGACGAUGUCUGCGUGCUGGGUCCACAGCUACGACGCGCAGUCCAAGCGAUACUUGGUGGAGCUCGAGGACGGUCUGCAGAAGCGGGUGAAAAGGCUAGCGCUCCGCUUCAACGCCGAGGACCCGGCGAAUUUUGCGCGUCGCGUCGAGACGUGCAGGGCGAAGAAAGCGCAUUGCGAGCUGCAGCAGGCGUUCAUAGCGUUCAUCCAGGGGCAGUCCGAUGACUUGGUCUCCCCUAUGAAGCGUGAGCACAAGGAACAGUUCAUCCGGCAGUGCCUGCACAAAAGUCACGUCGACGAAGCGAUUAAUUACGUGACCACCAUUCGCAAGCUGAUCCUCGAGAUCGAGCAGAAUUACGUGCUCUCGACGAAGUUCGCCAAAGUCAAGGCCGACUUCACCGGGCGCGGGUCCUCGCGGGCCGACUCGCCGUUCGCCGCACUCCUGCAGUCGUUUCAGCCGCCGCCGGCUCCGGCGCUUGGGCUGGUGCCGCACGAGGAGGCGGAGCUCCCCGUCCCCUCGCUCGUCGACCACUUCUCGCGGCUGCCCACGCUGUCCACGGUCUUCACCUCGGUGACGCUGAGCGUGUGGACGCGUUUCCUGGACGAGGUGAGCAGGCACCGGGUGCUGGACACGACGCGCUGCGGCCGCGCGGGGGCGAGGGCGUCGACCCCCCGCCUGCUCCGCGGCACGGUGCCAGAUCCAGACGCCACGGUCUUCGAGCCGGACAGCUUCUUCCGGCACAUGGAGGACUAUCGCCGGGACGUGGCCGUCACUCUCGAGAGGCACUGGCGCGACUACAUCGUCUCGGAGGUCCUCGACAAGAUGGCCGAGGGCAGCAACUUCUUUGUCGACAACUCCCAGAAACACCUGAGGAUGCCCCUGCAUCGCAUACUGAGGAAGUUCGACCUGAUCCUCAGUUCUCAGAUGCGGGAGUUCAUCAGCCGGUCGCUCGAGGAGUGGGUCGAUUUUGUGCGCAGCUUCGUGCCGAACCCCUCGCAAACGCUGCCAGUCCCGCUGCUGAGAAUACGGCUCACUGCCACGUCGGAUGAGGUCGUAGUGUUGCCAGCCCCCAGCGAGCUAAUCGCGAAGUUGCUGGAACUGAUAGACGACGUCACGAAGGUGACCGACGUACUGGCCACCACGGAGCCCGAGCUCGUGCCCUUCUGCAGCCUGCCCGGCGGCCUGCUCUUCGAGCUGCGCGGCGGCGACCAGCAGCUGGAGCGCGCCAAGGCGGCCACGGAGGAGGUCGUCCGCCACUGCCUGCUGGCCGUUCAGGAGGUGCAGGCGCAGUACCAGGAGUACGCCCACCUCCUGCAGGAGGAGGUCGAAUUCCUGGAUCCCCUGGAGGUCGAGGACGUGCGGGAGCGCGCGGCGAGGUACGUGCAGGCGGGGACGGCGAUCGAGAAGCUCACGGCCCCGAUCCUGAGGUUCCCGCUGUUCGAGGUGAGCUGCCAGGAGGCCAUCCAGACGCUGUCGCAGCGGGCCUACCACCUCGCCGAGGCCUGCCUGAAGCAGGUGGCGGCCAGCGUCCAGGAGCGGUCCGAGGCGGUUCUCGACGAGUGGGCGGACGCGCAGCGGCAGGUGCUGUCGAGCCCAGAGGACGAGGAGGAGCUGGCGAAGCUGAAAGAUUUCAUGGCGAACAUCAAGGAGGCGAAGACCAAGCCCCUUAUGCAGACGACCCGCCACAUACACUCGCAGAUCGACCUCCUGUCCGAGUUUAGCUUCGAGGUGGAGCCCAAGGUGAUCGAGCAAGCGUUCACGGCCUUCUUCUGGCCGCAGCAGAUCCAGAUCGACGUGGCCGAGUCGGAGAGAAGCCUCGACUCCCAGAAGUCCAGGUUCAUGGACAAGCUCGACCAGGAGAGGAAAGACUUCGAUGCGGACAUGGCCAAAUACCAGGAAGAGCUGCUGUGGCUCAAGGAGCUGGACAACUACUCGAUGGCUCAGAAGGUCUCCACUAGGGUCAGCAAGCUCCAGGAGAACCUUCAGGGCGCCAAGGAGCGGGUGCAGAAGUUUGCGCAGCGCGAGAAGCUUUUCAACAUGGAGGGCUCUGACUACUCUCAGCUUGAUGUGAUGCUCGAGAGCUUCGAGCCCUACAACCAGCUGUGGACGAGUGCGAUCGACUUCAGGCACUUCCAGGAGGAGACUCUAAACGUGACUCCCCUGAACAAGCUGGACGCCGCGGAGAUUGAGGCGCUGGUCGAGGACCAGUUCCGGGAGAGCUACAAGACGAUCAAGGCGUUCGAGGGGCAUCCGAAGCCGCAGGCCGUGGCGAAGGAGCUCCGGGACGACAUCAUGAGCUUCCGCAAGAACAUGCCGGUCGUCCAGGCGGUCUGCCAGGAGGCUUUCCAGGCCAUGCACCUGGCGGCUCUCUUCGAGGAGCUGGACGUGGACAUGGACAUUGACGACGGCCUUACCCUGCAGGGCCUGCUGCAAAACGCGAACAUCCUUAACCGCAUCGAGAUCGUUCAGCGAAUCAGCGCCGAGGCGCAGAAGCAGUUCAGCCUGAAGGCGGCCUUGGCGACCAUGAAGCGCGAGUGGAAGCCCGUCGAGCUGGAGGUCAUCGCGUACAAGGAGAGCGGGACCUACGUGAUCAGGGGCACCGAUGACAUUCAGGCGCUCCUGGACGACCACAUCGUCAAGACGCAGGGCAUUCGUGGGUCGCCCUUUGUAAAGCCGAUCGAGAAGGAGGUGAAAGACUGGGAGGCCAAGCUCCUCUCAGUCCAGGACCUUCUCGAGCAAUGGUUGAUGGUUCAGCGGUCCUGGCUGUACCUGGAGCCGAUCUUCAUGUCGGACGACAUCCAGCGGCAGAUGCCCGGCGAGUCGAAGAGGUUCGAGGGGGCGAACACGCUAUGGAGGACCACCAUGAAGCUGGCCGUGGAGAACCCCAACAUGCUCGACAUCUCCGACAUUGAGGGGCUGCUGCCUGGCUUCACCAAGGCGAACCAGGAGCUGGAGUUGAUCCAAAAGGGUCUGAACGACUACCUCGAAACGAAGAGGCUUGCGUUUCCUCGGUUCUUCUUCUUGUCCAACGAUGAGCUGCUCAUGAUCCUCUCCCAGACCAAGGACCCAACGGCAGUGCAGCCGCACAUGAGCAAAUGUUUCGAGGGGAUCAACAGUAUACGGUUCGAUUCGAGCAAGACGGUGAUUCAGGCGAUGCUGUCGGUGGAGGGGGAAGUGGUGGAGCUCGCUAAGCCUGUCAACGUGAAUGAGGGAGACAAGAAGGGGAACGUCGAGAAGUGGCUGCUGGAGGUGCAGACCUCCAUGAUUGACUGCUUGACGCAGGUCACGGACAGCUCCAUCAAGGCCUACGCCACCACAGAGCGUACCAAGUGGAUCCUGGAGUGGCCGGGGCAGGUGGCGCUCUGCGUGGACAACAUUUACUGGACGCAGGAGGUCACCGAAGCCAUCGACGGUGGUUCAAUGGAUGACUAUGUGAAGGUGAGCGUCUCGCAGCUAAACGGUCUAGUAAACUUGGUGCGUGCCGAUCUCACCAAAUUGGCCAGGCAGACGUUGUCCGCCGUCGUCACCAUUGACGUGCACAACCGUGACGUGGUCAUGGGUCUUGCCGCUGCAAAGGUACAUUCUUCAAAGGAGUUCGACUGGAUCCAACAGCUGCGCUAUUACUGGAGAACCCAGGGUUCCAUCAUCGAUAGGGGGACUGGCAAGAAGACUGAGGUCGAUAAGUGCGAGGUGAGCAUCAUCAACGCAACCUUGUAUUACGGGUUCGAAUAUCUCGGGAAUAGCGACCGCCUUGUCAUCACGCCGCUGACAGACCGCUGCUAUCGCACGCUGAUGGGGGCCUUCCACCUUUACUACGGUGGCGGUCCCGAGGGACCAGCUGGGACCGGCAAGACAGAGUCCACAAAGGACCUGGCGAAGGCGGUGGCAGUGCAGUGUGUCGUGUUCAACUGCUCUGACGGCCUGGACUACAUCGCAAUGGCCAAGUUCUUUAAGGGCCUCGCGUCGUCUGGUGCUUGGUGCUGCUUCGACGAGUUCAACCGCAUCAACCUCGAGGUGCUGUCCGUGGUCUCGCAGCAGGUGCAGACGAUCCAAUUCGCCAUCCGGGACAAGAAGAAGGUGUUCAUCUUCGAGGGCACGGAGAUCCAGCUCGUGCCCACCUGCGCCGUGAACAUCACGAUGAACCCGGGCUACGCGGGCCGCUCCGAGCUCCCGGACAACCUGAAGGCCCUGUUCCGCCCGUGCGCGAUGAUGGUGCCCGACUACGCCCUCAUCGGCGAGAUUGUCCUGUACUCCUUCGGCUUCGAGGACGCGAAGAACCUGGCGCGGAAGGCCGUCGGCAGCCUCCGGCUCGGGUCCGAGCAGCUCUCCUCGCAGGACCACUACGACUUCGGCAUGCGGGCCCUCAAGUCCAUCCUGGUCCGCGCAGGGGCGCUGCGCCGGCUGUACGGCAGCACCCGCAGCGAGGAAGUGCUGGCCCUCUCCGCGCUCAGCGACGUGAACCUGCCCAAGUUCACCGCGAACGACAUUCCGCUCUUCAAGGGCAUCACGGGGGACCUCUUCCCCGGGGUGGCGCUGCCGCCCUCGGACUACGGUGCCCUGAUCGAGCAGCUGGAGGGCUCGGCCCGCGCGCUGACGCUGCAGCCCAAGGACGGGAGCGCCGCGGCCCCCUUUUUUGGCUCCGAGGCCCUCGCCGCUGUCUUCGUUCGUGUGCACACGCGCCCGUCGGUGAAAGCACGUUUUUUUUAUUCCCGACUCACGCUCUACUGCAAGCGCCUUGCUACUUCAAGACCUGGUGCGUGCUGGCUGUCGUCGUUAUCAUGUAUGUUGGUCGGGCCCAAACCGAAUCUGCUGCAUCCGCCUUCCCGCUCCAGGUUUCCACGUACUUCUUCCGACUGGCGCUCGGGUACACGUAUCGAGGACGCUUGCGGAGAAUCACCGCCGCCCCCUGCCUUUCAGGAUGUGCUUAUGUGGCCAAACGUUUGGGCAAAGCGUGAGCAUGCGUUCCCUCAGCCGUUGUGGAAGCCCUUCGGAGAACACGUGGGGGUGGAAGAGGAGGAUGAGGCGAGGGGUAGGCGAAAGGAGGAUGAGAAGGAUGAGGAGACCUUUGGGGAUCUUCUUGGGUCAUCAUUGUGGCCUCUUGGGAGCUUUCUCGGGGCCUCUUGGAGGCCUCUUGGGGACCUCCUUGGACCUCGUGGGGCCUCUGGGGGCUUCUUGGGUUGGGGGCCUCUUUGGCAGUCUGACGGCGUUCCUGGCCCUUCUGACGCUGUCAUGAGCCGUCUUGGGGGCCUCUCUGGGCCGUCUUGGGGCCCUCUUGGGACGCUUCAGGGUCGUCUUGAAGGCCAUCUUGGGCGUCAUGGAGGCCUCUUGGACCUUCUUGGGCCCCCCUCUGGGCCGUCUGGGGAGCCUCUUGGGCCGUUCUGGGGCCAUCUUGGAGGCCUCUUGGGCGCUCUUGGGGCAAUCUUGGGCCUCCCAGACGGGCACGUUGGCCACCCAGACGGCCAAGGAGAAUGA